AUGGGGAACACUCAGAGCACGACGACCGGAAGGCGCCCCGAGGACGGCCCUCUGCCGGAGGGGCCGCGGGGGCACGGCGAGGCGCAGGAGGAGUGCCUGCUCAGCGUGGUGCUGGAGGCGGCGCCACCGAGCGAGGGCCCCGAGCGGGAGCCGGAGUGCCCCGCCGACCUGAGGAGCGCCACGCUGUGGCUGCUGGACAACGAGAGCAUCGAACAGCAGGAGAAGCGGCUUCUCGGCCACACGCAGGGCGCCGCCCUGUACGCGACGCAGCUGGGCGGCGUCGACAUGGUCAUGAAGCUGAUGCUAGGCCCAGGGAGGACCUUCGUGGAGGCGGCCCUACUGCUGCGCCUGGACGGCCGCGCGGGCGCCCCCAGGCUGCUGGGCUACGGCGGCGAGCGCCCCAUGCUGCUGCUGGAGGCGCUGCCGGGCCGCAGCUUCCUGUCCCUGCUGCAGGACGAGGACGCACCGCUCUCGCUCCUCCUUAAGGUGGUCGAGCUCGUGGCGCAGCGCCUGCGGGAGAUGCACGCCCUCGGCGUCGUCCACAACGACGUGGCCGUCCCCAACGUGGUCGUCCGCGUCGACGACGACUACCAGCUGCUGGAGGCGCGCCUGGCGGAGUUCACGCUGGCGUGCCCGAGCGGCCACUCGCUGGGCAUGGACGCGGAGCCCGCGGCGUGCCCGUGCGUGGCGCCCGAGGUGGCCCGCGGCGGCGCUAGCACACCCGCCGCCGACGUCUUCUCGCUGGGCGCGCUACUGCAGGAGCUGAGCCGCGUCAAGGCCGACGCGCAGGAGCUGCCACUGCAGGCGAAGGAGGCGGCGCAGCUGGCCACGGCAGGAGGAGCCGCAGGCGCGGCCGGACCUGGCCGUCCUGGAGGAGCUGCUGCACGAGGCGGUGCUCUGGCAGAAGAAGAAGGAGAAGAGGAAGAAGAACAAGAAGACCAGGAUGCAGAAGGCGAAGAUGGCCCACUGACCUGCGCGAUGCCGCGCCGCCGGGGCGCAGCCGCUCCCGAAGGGCCGGAAGGGAAGUUUUGUUCGUUUUGA